GUCGCAGGUAAUGAGUGUAGGCCCAGCAACAGCAGGACUGGACGGACCUUCUGAAUCCACAGAUGUAGCACACUUGCGACACGAGCCGACGGACUACGGGCGGCGUGCUGGGCAGAUGGCGUGAGGCAAGCCGUGAAUCAACAUUCUAAGCAGCAGUACGCAAGGCCUCGGACAAGAGCUCACAUGCGAAGGGGGGAGAAAAGGUGGCUGAUGUUGGGGAUGGUCUUUGAGCAUGAUCGAAAGACGGCUCUAGCUAUACGAGCGACCGCACGCCGGCAGUACAACUUGCCGCGAGAUACGAUCAUGAGCCUUCUACCUGCAAGAAGGUCGUCAGUCAUCUGCAUGCGCACAACAAGUCGCUGCGCACCAAGACAGCGACGUCGUUGUCACGCACUGGCUUGGGCUUGUGAGAACAGGCCGCGGGAGACACCAUCAUUGCCUGACCAGGCUAUGCAUCGUUCCCGCUACAUCUCCUGAGUUAUAGAUAUGGAGAUGGCCGGAUGAAUCACCAAAUGUUGGACAGAACGAGGAAUAGAUGGUGGUA